GCCGCCAUUCCCUGUGGGAAGGAACCCUAUGCCUUCCCUUUUGGCUUUGCCAUCGCUUAUGCGGGAUUCCAGCCGUAGCCCUUGGCGCUUAUCUUGGCCCUGUCGCCUGUUUUUCCUUAUCGGUUGUGGUGACCCUGCCGGCAGGCCGGCCCCCAACCUGCCGGCUGAAUCCAAACAAGCAGAGUGGGAAUAAACACGGGGUGGGCGAUGGUGCUGAGCCAGGAUGGGUUUGGCUGAAGACAAAGUGUACACCCAUAUUACAAGAAACCUCAAGAAGUUUGGGACUAUCCGAGUGUCAUCGCUGGCUGAUUCCCUGACCUGCCUGGUCGAUUCUGACAGAGAUGAGCUCCUGGCCCGGGAGGAGACACGGGGCAACCAGGCAGCUGUCUUUAGGUUUUAUCAGCACCUGAGGUGCCGGAAGGGCUGGGUGCAGGAUCUCAUCCAGGCGCUGCACCAGAACAACGCGGGGCACUUGGCUGAUGAGCUGCAGGAAGUCUAUGACACCUGGCAACCUCGACCUCGUUCCUCAGCUCCUGCUGCUGCCUCAUCCCUUGAGGAUGCCCGUUCCACUGGCUCCUCCAUCAGUGCCCAGACGCCAUCCCGGGGGCGAUAUUCUGACUCGUUGGCAGGGCAGCCACGCAGAGAUGUGCCCAUUGGUGACCAUCCACCCGUCCUGCCCAGUGCUGCCAUCACCACGGGCCUGGAGGCCAGACUUCCAGUGCAGGAAUCGCUCCCCAAAAAACUCCCGGAGCAAGAGAGUCCCCAGCCAGUUCCACCUGGGAGCAAAGUCCAUGGCGGAGUGAGCAGUGGACACAGUGGAGAAGGGAAUCUCUCGCACCCUGCCGGGGCAGUGCUGGUGCCAGCGGGGACACCAGGGGUGGCCGUGCCAUCGGCUGUGUCCCCAGAGCAGGGCCGGGACUGGCUGAGCCGCCGGCCAGUGUGUGUGGACAAUGGGUUUUUUGGGAAUGCCAACCACCUGCACCGCGGCACACCGGGCCUGGCCCUGGGCAGGUCUGUUCCAUCGAGGGAUGCAGGUGCCACUCACAGCCCCGGGCAGCCCAGGAACGAGCCCGAAGAGAACUCGGAUAUCUCCACAGAGUCACCGUCAAGGCUGGGGGGGGCCACUCGUGGUGUGGGGCAGCAGCCCCCAAACUCGGUGCCAAAAAAGCAGCCUGUGCCAAGCUCUGGGCACGGUGAGCCCACGAGCAGCUCUGUGGAUGUGCGCAGCCCCCUCCUCAUACAGGAGCAGUUUGAUGCGGAGAAGAAUCGCUCCGGGAUGCUGCGAGAGCACCCAGGGAGUGCAGGUGCUUUGAUGGAAACAACUACCCUGGGUGCUAUCCCUGUGCCCAGAGACAUUUUCCCAUCCCGUGACACCUCUGUCAAGUCUCUUACUCAAGAGAAGAAACUGUCCUUUGGGAACACAGCCAGCAGCAGCCCCUCUGUGCCAGCAAAGGAGAAAGUGCUCCCGGCCUCGGCAAACCCUUUCCUGGGCACAGCUUUGGUAGGAGGCCCUGAAGGCAUGGCUGGGAGAUUGGCUCCCCGGGUGAGCUCUGCCACGAGCAUCUGGGCAUCUCAUCGUGAUGAGGAGAAGGAGGAGGAGCUUGGUAAGCCGGGCAUCCUCAUGUCCGUGCCUCAGGGCAGCCCAGAGGUGGCCAGCAGGUGCCUGAGCUCUCAGGAGCCCAGCAAGCCCUGUUCCACCACCUCCAGUAGCCUUGGCCUCAGCAGCGACCCAAUCCUGGUGAGCAGGGAUAGCCUGAGCUCAGGGGGAGCAUUCCCAAGGGUCUCCUCAGUUCAUGCAGGCCCCAGAGAAAAGGAGGCAUCUGGAGCAAGCAGAGACUCCAGUCCUGCUCCGAGCUGGGACAGCACCUCCAUGGGCACCCAUGAGGUCCGUGUGGAUCAUCACCCCAGUGUCCAGCUUGGAGCUGGCAGCGACGGAGUCAGUCCCCUUGGAAGAUCCGUGAAUUUCAAUUCUGGCAGUGGCCAUGACCCUGCCACCAGAUCACCUCCGGCCAGAGUCUCAAAGAGGGACAGCAGUGGCUUGUCCCUGCUGUACAUCCUUCCAGCUGUCGGUGUCAUUUCUGCCGUGGUGUUCGCAGUGUACGCUCGGCUGCGGAAAUAGCGGAUGGGACACCACGACCGUGACGCAGCCGGGGGGAUUUCUCUGGCAACAGGAUUUUGGUCAACGCAUUUGAAGCCUGAAGAGUAGCAGGGGGCAGUAGGGGCAUUGUUAAAUCUUUUUUCUGGAAGGUUCUGCUGGAAGAGGCCUUGGUACAUGAUGCUGUUGGGUUUGGGUCUGUUCCCUCCCAUUUCUCAACCAUCUUCUUGGCUGUAGCUUUCUCUUUCUACACUCCUGGAGGAGAGGAUCUCACACCAAAAUGUGAGUGAUCCACUGAGUCAAAAAGCAAAGCACUUAUGGUGAUUCUCCGUGUCUUCCUUGUUUUGUCCCAGGAGGCCUCAGGGAAACAUAUCCUGGUGAUCCAAAGGGUGACCUCCAGGUCCCUUUGUGCGGUGCAGCCAGGAGAGGUUGUACAGAUAUCCUGUGACAGCAGAGCUGAUUUUCUUGGCUCUGCUCAUCUUGGCUUGAAAAUGUGCCCAAGGAUGGGUGCAGCAGCCUCCACUGGAUGUCUCAUGUUCAGUUUGCCUUACUUGGUGUCUCUGGCUCUCCUCCUCCUUCUGGGAUUGCUUCAUGUAGAACUGACCCUGGGGAUAAACAUGAGGGUCAGCAAAGAGCUGCAUCAUACCAGCAUUAUCAAGGAUCAGCCUCAUUUCACCCUGUUCAGGCAGGAAAAGGGGUUUCUGAUUUAAGAGGAAUGUUUCAGGUAUUGCCAACUUUAAGGAGACUUGGUCCCACAAAAGGUUAUUGGGUGUUUUUGAAUUUGAGGCUGGAUUUUUGCAGCUUGCUUGGAAGGGUAGCUGGAGUUCUUGCCCUUCCUGAUACCUGAUGCUAUGGGAUAGGGGUAUAGGAACCUUCUGCCCAGGCUGCGACACAAACAGGAUCAACUGCAUCCUGCAGGGAGGCCA